UAGCAACUGUAUUCUAUUGGCGGCAAAUCUAGAGCUUGUUAGUCGGGGGACAACACAGGGCAGGAUGAGGACGGGAUAGUGUGUGUAUCGUCAUCAUACGAACGACAACGGCCAGAGGACCAUCUAAGGGUCAGGUCUUAACGCCAGAAUCGAAAUUGCUCAGAAAGCUUUCCAUGGGCCAUAAACGCAAUUUCUCCAGUUCCUUUGCCUGCAAGAAAUUGCUGAUGUUUGAGAAAAGCUAUUUUUUAAGAAAAAGAAUUUGUAUUGAGUUAAGAAGCAGUAGCAGCUUCGUACCUGAGUAGUUACAGGGUUCAAGCACAAUUUUAUCGUUUCCUCACUCGUCUCCCAUCAAAUCAACCUCCCGCGACAUGUGCAACGACUUUACCGCCCGACUUUACCGAUCAUGUGGCAAAUGAAGCACAACGGAUGACGCUCGGGCUUGGUUUGGAUGCCGCAGCACCACCCCAUUCCCGCCACGAAAGAUUGCGAUCACACGGGCGUGUGCCCUCUACCCGGGAAGGGGUGGUCGGGGCGAGCGGGUAUACACCACCAUAGUCUGCAAUCUGCAUGCGUGAGCUCAAAUUGAUUUGAAACAAUUCAAAUUGUCUUGCGCGAGUUUUUGGCGAUGCCCCGCGCUCAUCCGGGGUGUAGCGACCACGUGGUGUCAGCGCGGAAGGGGGUGUGUGAUCGAACUUGGCAGGCUGGGAAAAAUGGUUCAACCUACCCAGGCAUAACUCUGCGCCACCUAACGCGUGUGCGGUAUAAAAGCAAACGGUCGGCAGAUUGUCGUCUCAUUACGCCAGCUGUGGUGUAACAUCCCGGAUCGUGGCUAGUGGGUUCCUUUCGGAGUUAGUGUCGCCAGCAGUGGUAGCAGCAGCAGCAGCAGCAGCAGCAGCAGCAGCCGGCAGGACAUACCUCUCAACCUCUUCUUCUAUCAAACCACCGCUAAACCGAAAUUCUUCGCCGUAGUUUGUGCCAUUGUGCUGAGUGCCGGAAAGUGUCGGAAGUUCCCAGGGAGAGGGCCGUUAAAAACAAAACCUUCGAGUAGUUUCCAACGUGUCUCUAAAGUGUCGCCUCGCAAAGUGAGCCAUACUUCGGCGCGAUAAUGUCCUACAUUGGCAACACAUCCGAUGUGGAGCAGGAGAAGAACCUGUCCGAAUACCGGCGGCAGCGCAGCUCCAGCAACCUGAUGCCGUCCGGCGCCAAGCAAACGGUCGGCAGCCCGAAAAUGUCGGACGUCCUGUGGAACGACAAGCGGGCGGCCAGCCGGGCCGUCAACGCGUCUGACGACGACGACUCGGAGGUGUCGGACAGCGAGAACUUCCUCGCCAAGGGCGCGUUCCUGCUGACGCCCUCGCACGAGCUCUCGAUGGACCGGGCCGCGCUGAUCUGCGAGAAGAUGAACUUCAAGGGCUGCUUCAGCCUGACGAAAACCGCUACCGGGAUACUGUUCAAGUUUUCUAACCCGGAGGACUACCAGGCGGUGUUCAAGAAGGGCUUCCAUAAGGUGACCGGCGCCCGGUUCUACAAAAAGAUUGCCAUCCCCUGCCGGCCGCAGAAAACGUUCAUGCUGUACGUAUUCGACGUGCCGGAGGACCUGCCGGAGGAAGACAUCCGGCACUCGCUGUACCGCUUCAACUCGGUGGUCGAGGUGGUCCGGCUGGUCGUGCAGUAUCAGAAGCCCGCGAUCCAGCCGGAUCCCGGUCAGAUGCACGCGACCGCUACCGGUGCGUCCCAAACGAAGCCCCAGGUGCCAAAGCUGCCGACUACCAAGCCGAUCGACGAGCAGGACGUGGCGCUGCAGAAAGAGUCGCCACCGCCCCCGAUCCGCAUCACGCUCGCCUCGCUCGAGGAGUACAAUCACCUACUGCAGAACGGGCUGGACUUUUACGGGGCGACCUUCUUCCCUACCGAGGCCCAGCUACCACCGCACGCGGCCAAGAUUGCCACCAAACGGGGCACGCGUAUGAUAGACGGUAGCAUUCCUGGGCGUGUGCGCGAGCUGCUGCCCGUGUUUGACGCGGCGGGAUUUAGCAAAAUUCCGCCUCCGGCUUCGAAAACAAUUAAACCGCGCCCAUAAACCGUAGUCCCUACCCCGCGCCCGCAAGACUCACAGCCAGUCCGGGCCCCAGCGUGACCGAGAAAAAUCAUCAUCAUCGUCAUCAUCAUUACCAUCCAUCUUCUGCUUCCCACCAUCCUAUCGUUCAUCUUAUUUGCGAACGCAUCUUGUCGCGCAGACCAACAAUGCACGCAUUGCUUCCGCCUGGUGUGCACCCCCCUCCCCCUCCCCGCGCCAAGAAUCCCCGAUCAACCCCGCACCACACACGCACGCUGCUCGUUGGGGGCGCGCAACCAUACGUGACCGUGGGAUGGUUCCGCUACGCGUGAUUAGUUCGCCCGCCGAUCGGGAAAAACGGCCCGCGGAUCCACCGCCAUAAAUCUGUCCGAAAUCAUCUGCCCAAUCUCCAAAGCGCGCCACUGCGGUGGGCAACCGACCGUGCUCUUCUAAUCACUGUUUGUUUUUCUCCCGUGUCGCGCAACUGCGUCUGGCGAAUUUAAAUCCCGUAACACACACACACACACACACACACACACACACAUACUCUCACAUACACACACACACACACACACACACACACACACACACACACACACACACACACACACACACACACAUCACACACAAACACAAACACAUACACCUACGACAUAUUGAUCCGCCUAGCACACAUUUAAGCGUAUUAGCAAACAAAACAAGCGCUUUUGUUCCUAUUAUGUAUGAAGCUGCUAGCAGCCUUCCGGUGCCUCGCGGCACUUGAUGUCAAGCGCAUGGAUUCGUCUGAUCUGAUUCCACAUCCGUUUUUUUUUUAUUUUAUCAUAGUGUUUUUGUUUCCUUCCUCCCUCGAGCAGUUGUUCGUUGGAAGGGAGCAGGAGAGAGAAAAAAACAAAGGUUUCCAAUAAAAUUUUCCAUCUUUCGUCACAGCACAAAUUUCCCUACCGAA